AGUGAAAAUGGCUGAACUAGUCUUGAGCCCUAUCAUCGACUUCACAAUAUCCAGAGUGAUUUCAGCUGCUAUGGAGCAAAUCAACCUUGCAGUUACGUGGAAGUUGGAACUCAAAAAACUUUGCAGCAAGUUAACCAUGAUCCGAGCUGUGUUGCAAGAUGCGGAGGACAGGGGACUCCUCAGCAGCCCGCCGGUGAAGAUUUGGCUUGGGAAGCUCAGAGAUGUGGCUCGUGAGGCAGAGGACGUCGUGGAUGAGGUAGCAUAUGAAAGGCUAAGACGAGAGGUGGAAUUUGAAAACCAAUUGAAGAAGGUCUGUUGUUUCUUCUUUACUCUGUCUAAUCCCUUGGUGUUUCGUCUCAAGAUGAAUAAUAAGAUUAACAAUCUUAUUACAUCUAUAGUUGAGAUAAAUGAUGAGGCUACUCAGUUUGGACUUCAGUCUAGACUUGCUGGCCACAUGCUUGAAUCUAGAAGCAACCCUACGACAACCUACUCUUGUCUUGGUUAUUGUUCGGAAGUCAUAGGGAGAAAGGAUGAUGUCUCAAAGAUAGUUGACUUGUUAAUUAACUCCAGCAAUAAGCAACCUCUUUCUGUCAUAUCGAUAUGGGGUAUGGGAGGUCUUGGUAAAACUACUUUAGUAAAAUCAGUACUAAAAGAUGAGAAAAUAAGCAAGCAUUUUGGUAAAAUAAUGUUUGUUUGUGUGUCGGAAGAUUUUGAUGUUAAAAGGAUCCUAAAAGAGAUAUUUGAGUCUCUUACCCAAAUGAGUUGUUCAAUUGAAAAUUUAAGCACCCUUGUCGAGACAAUAAGAGGGAAGCUGGAGAAUGAAAACUACCUUCUCAUCUUAGAUGAUGUAUGGAAUGAGGAUAGCUUGAAGUGGGAAGCUUUAAGGGGUUGUUUGUUAGAAAUAAAUAAAAAUAGAGGGAGUAGGAUGGUUGUAACAACUAGAAGUGAAAAGGUGGCAUUGACAAUGGGAACAGUAGAUGAACACAUGUAUCAUCUCAAAGGACUAAAGCAUGAAGAGUGUUGGUCUAUAAUGGAGCAGAGAGCAUUUGGAGAUUCUUUAGUGCCUAAUCCAGAGUUAGAGGGAAUUGGAAGACAAAUUGCUAAAAAAUGUGGAGGUGUGCCAUUAGUUGCCAAUGUUAUAGGCGCAGCUAUGGGCAACAAAAAGGAUAGAUGUGAGUGGUUGUCAAUUAAAAAUUUAGAUGCAUGGGAUUCACUAAAAGAUGAUAGAGAGGUUGGGAUUCAACGCAUUUUACAAUUAAGUUUUGAUCGCUUGCCUAGCUCAACUUUGAAGCAAUGUUUUGCAUUUUGUUCCAUUUUACCCAAGGAUUACCCAAUCCAAAAGGAGGUAUUAAUUCAACUUUGGAUGGCUGAAGGGUAUCUUCAACCACCAGAAGGAAGCUCAAUGGUGACAGAGGAUAUAGGUAACAAGUGUUUCAAUGACUUGUUAUCAUAUUCCUUGAUUGAAGAAGAGAGAGAUUCACAUGGCAACAUUUACAAAAUGCAUGAUUUAAUUCAUGAUCUUGCCAUGCACAAUUCAAAAUCUGAAACACUUAUUUUCAAAGCUAGUUCUGAGAGGAAUAUUGCUCAUGUUCAACAUCUAAAUCUGGUUGACAGUGGAGAAAGGAUGCCAACAAAUUUUGAAGAGGUGGCUAAAAAACUACAUUCCUUGUUUUGUGAGGCAGAUAAUUUCAGCAAGAUGUCAGAGAGCUUCAAAAGGUUACACAUUCUUAAAUUAUGGGGUGCUGAUAAAUUGCAUCAAUUACCAGUUUCAGUUGGCAAAAUGAAGCAUUUGAGGUUUUUGGACAUUUCUGGAGCUAAUAUCAAAGAAGUGCCCCAAUUCAUUAUGAAGCUAUAUAAUUUGCAGACAUUUAGAUUCAUGAAUUGUCAUUCAAUUGAAGAGCAACCAAAAGGAGUGGAAAACUUAGUCAAUUUGAAGCACAUUUAUUUCAAUAAUGAAAAGUGUAUGCCAGUGGGAAUUGGUAGACUAACUAAUCUUCAAACCUUGGGGUUAUUUGUUGUGGGUCAACAAGGAGGAAAUCAAAUUGAGGAAUUGGGAAGCUUAAGCAGACUCAAAGGUGAGCUAUGGAUAUCUCAUCUGGAGCACGUUGAGAACUACUCAGAAUCCAGUAAAGCAAAACUAUGUGAAAAGAUAGGUGUUGACAAGUUGAAGCUGGAAUGGAAAUGGGGGCGCAACAUCAUGGAAUCCAAAAUUGAUGAAACUGUGUUAGAAGGCCUCCAACCUUAUUCAAGCCUGAGAAGCUUUAUUGUUAAGGGUUAUGGAGGUGAAAAAUGUCCAUCAUGGAUGAAUUGUAGUUUGGGUGAAUCCUUUUUCCUCAACAAUUUGGUGGAGCUGAACCUAGAAUUUUGUGACCAGUUAAAAUGCAUUCCAAACAUGAGCGGGUUUUCAGCUCUUCAGCAAUUUAAUAUUAUAAGAUGCAAGGAGUUAACUAGUGUAGGGGAUGAAGCAUUUGUUCUUCCGAUAUCCCUCAGACAAUUACUGGUUAGCUAUUGUCCAAGACUGGAGACAAUAGGUGAUAGUCUUUGUACUCUCACAUGCUUGGAAGACUUGGAGCUAAAUGGGUGUGAAAAUCUACGACCCAUUCCUAGUGUAAAUGGGCUUUCCUCUCUCAAAAAAUUAAGUAUUGUUGAUUGCGAUGGGUUGGUCUAUCUGCCAAUUGGACUGUCAUCUUGCACUGCUCUAAAAGUGUUGUGGAUAUCUAAUUGUCGUAAUCUAAUCAGCAUCUCAGAAGACUUGAAGAAAUUGCAUUCUCUUGUUGUGUUACGCAUUCACGACUGCAAAAAUUUGAGGAGCAUCCCAGAGGAGAAUCUCCCUUCUAACAUUGGAGUUGAUUGGGUGGGAAAGACCAACAUAUACAACACCUCAAGUUCAACAGCUCAAUGCUCUAUGAGAUCUGACAAUUAAGUUGGGAACUGCAUCCAUUUGCCAAGGCAUUGAGGUUUUUCAAGCACCAGCUGCAUUUAUGUUGAUUUCAGUUCAGAAGGUCCCCUAGUUGAGUUUCACAGCCUCAUUUCAAACUGUCCAAUUAUUGCAAACUGCAUUCCUUCAAAAUGAGAGUUCUAGGUAUGUCAGAGCAUAAAAUUAACUUCAAUUUUUGCUGAUUCAAUAGACCUUGUAAUAGGUUUUUUUUCAUAGAGUUUCGUUUGGAGAACAAUAUAAACAAUGCAAGCAAUGACCACUACUGGCUUGGCUUUAUGUCAUUUCAAUGUAACAAUUCUAAUGGCCAGUGGCGGAGGCAGGGGGGUGCGAGGGGCGGCGCUCGCCCCCCCUGAAAUUUGAAAAAUUUACAAAUUAGUAUAUGAAAAAUUAUUUAAUUCUUCUUGAACUUUAAAAAUUUUAGCAUCUUGCCCCCCUGAAAAAAAUUUCUGGCUCCGCCUCUGCUAAUGGCCCUCUAUGCACUUGGGAUAAAGAAACUCUUGCUGGAUUUUUGUGGCAUUGUGCAGCUGAACGGUAGCUCCCCGAUUUGGGUUCUAUUCUCAUUUGCUUUCCAUUUUCUUAUUGCUUUUUUGUUACUUGUGUCUCUUUUUUACUGUUGUUAUUAUUGCAAAACCAUAAGUUAACCCCCUGAACCAAUCCCAGAAUCGCUAUUAAGCCCCUAGACUGUAAUUGAUGCAUAUAAGCCCUUGAACUCGGGGAUCAAAGCAAUUAAGCCCUUCUUCUUACGCCAACUUAACUACCGUUUGGGACUGCCGGCCUAACUUAACUGCCGUUGAGGACACACCCCGCUUGGCUGCUUGGAUGGCAAAAAAUUGCCAUGUCAUGCUUACAUGGCAAGGGAUUUAACAUUUGACCUGAAUUUUUGAUUUAU